CUCUAUUUCUCACAUUCAAAUCACUAACAAUGGCUCUUCAAAACGUUCUCUUCAUCUCCGUCCUCAUCGCCACCAUCUCCAUCGUUGCAUCCACGGAAAAUUGCGAAUACACAAUAUAUGUCAAAACCGGAACAAGAAGAGACUCCGGCACAGAUUCGAUCAUAGGGGCUGUAUUCGCCGACAAAGAUGGAAAUCACAUCGAAAUUAAAGACCUAGUGAGUUGGGGUGGGACUACGCCAGGUCGAGACUAUUUCGAGAACAGUAAUCUGGACAUUUUCACUGGGACUGAGCUGUGUCUUCCCAACCCAGUAUGUUUUAUGAGACUAUUCUCUGACAACUCCGGCAACAAGCCCGGCUGGUAUGCUGAGUACGUGAAAGUAACCUGGAGCAAGAUUGGAACUCCGAGCAAGACUCAUCACUUCACUGUGGAGCAGUGGCUUGCCCUCAGUGAGAAACCGUAUCAGCUACAUGCCGAACGUAACGACUGCCCUCGUGUGAUCAAGAAGGGUGCCUAUGCCUACUCAACCGCUUGAAUCAAUGAAAUCAUGAGGGUGUCUUGAAUACUUGUUCUAUAUCUUUAUGUGAACGUUUAAUGGUGAUAUGUAUUUCAAAUAAAAUUGUUAUCUUGUGUGCUUUUUCCAUAUGUAAGUUGAAUAAAGCUUGCAUGGCAAUAACGUAAAAUAUCUAAUAGAAUAAAAUUUAAACA